CCUUGGGAGAAGCUACACGGGCCAUCACUGGCUGUGGCUGCUACCUCGUCGCUCACACGCAGCACGUCCUGCACAUCAGCUGCUCUCUGGCCGACAGUCCUACCGGAUUCACCGCUGAACAAAGGAGGAGGACGACCAGCCGCCGGAUCCUGGGAAGGUCAGUGAUGGUCAGUGCUGGUUAGAAGCUUGCAGCUGAGGAUGUCUGCUACAGAUUCGGACAACUCCAUUGACUGGCUGGCUAGUGACAAUGAGGAGAACGACAGCAAACAAGAGCCCGACUGUGCCUCGAAGCGCGGUCAGGCAGAGGCGUCUCCAUCCCCCAGCAGCCCUCCACGCCCGGACCCGUCUGACAGCAGCGAGCUGAGGGAGGGCGACGGGAGCUGGAGUCAGGUCUCCAGUCCAGCAUCAGACAGAGGCGCUGCCGUUGGACUGUGUAAGACCCAGCGUGGACAAAAGGCCAAUUCCAAGAAAAGACCUCACAGCUCCACGGAAGAACGGCAGCUUUUUCCCAACAAGACGGAGAAGGAUCAGAUAUUUAGCAGCAAGUGCAUGGAGCUACAAUGCUACAUUCAUCCGCUGUCAUCAAUCUUGAAUGGCCUUCGUUCAGGGAGAUACAGAGAAAGACUCAGCAGUUUCCAGGAGAGUGUAGCCAUGGACAGGAUUCAGAGGAUCAUGGGAGUCCUGCAGAACCCUUUCAUGGGGGAGAAGUAUGUCGAUAUCAUUCUGAAAAUGGAGGAAAUGUUAAAGAGCUGGUUCCCUCAUGUGAAACUCCAAGACCAACUUACCAGAACUGACGGAGUCGUUUCCAGCAAGAGACUUAAGGUAAACCCAGUGGACCCGACAGCAGCAGCAAGCCCCGUCACCGUGGGGGAUCUUCCAGCUGGCACCAAAGCCCUGAGAGUCACAGACCUGACUCCUCCUGGAGCCUACUCCGCCAAUAACCUGAAGUGGCUCCACACGUCACCCAUUUGCUCCCCUGCAGCAGAGGAGGCCCAGGCUAGUCCCAGGCAUCUGCUGCUCUCCAGAGACAGAGACCUAACGCAGGACAAUGCCGUGUCCUCCAGCACAGACAGCCAAACUAAGACGGAGCCCAUGCCCAGAGGCCCUCCGCCGGGCAAGAUCAGGGCGCCCUGCCUGGAGCAGCUCCUCAAAUCAACAGACAGCAUUGUCACGCGCAGGGAGACGGGGGGCUUGAUGGGCAGCAGCGGGUCCUAGUCCACAAAGAGGGCUGGGAGUCCGGCUGCAGCCCAGCCUCGCCUUCCCCGCCCCUGCUAGGAGUGUGUCGGCUCGCUCACUUCAUUCCAGCCUUCAGGAGAAAAGACGGGAGCAUUUAAACUAAAACUGAAAAGGGAUGGCACGGAUUCCGGUUGAGCGAGUGUCGACGGAAACGAUAUUAUCUCUACGCUACCACUGACACGAGAAAUCGUCCGCCUUUUGUUGACUUCUCCUCGUUUUGUGUUUGCGCUCUUGAAUGUUGAGUGUUGGACGGAUAGAUUUUACACGGUAACCAGAGCAAGUACCGUCAAGAAGUGAAUUUUCCUGUUGGCUCGUAGGUUUAAACAAAUCCAUUUUUAAAGCAUCUGUGAAAAAUGUCAUCAUACCUAAAAAAAAUCACAUGGAAUAAAAGGAGGGAAGUCUGAGCUGGAAGCAGGAAUUCUGCAGAAAUGCAGAAGCGAUCUACAUAUUAUUGUGCUGAAAAUGUGGGUAAAAUGUGACGUUUUCCCCCUUUUUCCCAACAACUCCACUCUUUUAGUUCAAUAGUUUACUGAUGUGACUGUUACUCAUUUCUAUUCUUUAUUGAUGAACCUUUUUAGUACAACUGUUCUACCUCAUUGAGCACCACGUCAUGGUUAGCGAGUAGGAGUGUGAACACUAAAUGUCUGAGCAGCUCUGCAGAGGUGUGAAGAACAAACGAGAGGAUGCUCUCUCUGCGGGGGGAUGCUCUCAUGGCCUGACUGGUGCCAUUGUAAAGAAUGUCAGCAGCAGAUUUGUUUUUAUUUUUGAUUUUUGAGUCUCCCAGUAGAAGGCAAACAGUGCCUGCAACAUCAAGCUGUGCCUGUAAGCCACUUAAAUAAAGAGAGAAGUGUUUCGAGUA